AUGGGGUUUGGCGCUAGUCCUUUUACGACGGGCGGCUCAUCGUCGGCUUUGUGGAAAAACCACAGCAUCACUCUGAAGCUCCCAUCGUCAGCUCCCACCCCGUCUACAUCAACACCAUGCUUGCGCAAUCCAUCAGGGCCUCGCGCCAGGCGUUCGCACGCGUCGCCCGGCAGCAGACUGCCUCCGUCACCCGCCGCACCUUCAUCACUCCCACGGCCGUUCGCUCAGCCGAUCUGGUACAGGACCUGUACCUCCGCGAGCUCAAGGCCUACAAGGUCCCGCAAGUCAAGGCCUCGGACGCCGAGGGCUCUGUCCAGAAGUUCAGCAUCCCGCCCACGCCCACAUCUCCCGAGGAGUCGGACAUUGCGAGUGAGCUCAAGUCGUACGAGACGCAGCAGGUCGAGGUUGAGGGCGCUUCAAGCGAGGAGGGCGCGGCGCUGCCGGCAGAGGACUGGUUCGAGGAGGAGGAAGAGUCGACCACCACUGCCGCUCACUAAGCGGAGCGACGCUGGAUUGAGACCUCUGUAUCAAAAUACUAGCGAUUGUGUCAAUAUCGAACAGCAAUAGACAACUGCGGUUCUCUAGACCA